CACACAGAGAGAGGAAAAGGAAGAAAGGAAAAACAAAAACCCUAGUUGUACUUUUUCUGGCUUUUCUUCCUUCCUUUCUAUCUUCCCAUCUUUCACUCUAGCAACAAGAAAUCGUAGGUUUUGGGCUUUUGAACAGAUUGUAAUAGGUUUAGAAGCCGUGAGAAUCUGCUUGUCUCCCAGCAACGAGAAGCUGAAGCAGUAGAAAAAAGAAGAGGAACUGAAUCCGUACUCCAGUAGCUUACUUGCACCACCAAACAUAUGCCAAGCUCUGCCGUUGAUUCUAUCCACAUGACCCAUCUUCAAAACAAGAGUAAAAGAGCUGAUUGAAGACCCUAAAACAGAUCAGAGAGAGAGAGAUGCAGUCUGGUUAUGGAGUUCCAGAGAUUCAGCAAUUCAUGGUGGACAGCUGUUGUUCUUCUCUGUUAUCUAUCUCCCAUGAAAGCUCCCAUCCACAAAAGCAUCUCCAGCAGCAGCAGAACCAUCAGCAGCAGCAGCAGCAGCAGCAGCAGAGACUUCUUCCUUUUCAUCCCUUCCCAAUAACACAGCACUUCUUCCAGCAGAACUACCAAUUCCAAGCCUUUCAGCAGCAGCAGCAACGGCGACUGCACCAGCAGCUUGGCCUCGAGCAAGAGCCUGGCCCACCCGAGAACUUGAAUUCGCCUUCCGGGGUCGUCGGCCCUUUCAUCACUGCGAAUUUCAAGCUGGCGGUGAAUGAGAACAGCAGCGGCCAUGAUCCAAUGCUUAGCGGCAGCAGAGGUGGAGGAGGAGAAGAUGAUUCAGAAAGUCGAGCCGCGGGUGUCGCCGUUCUUCCAUGGCAGCAUAGAGAAGAAGAUUCUGCCAUUAAAGAACCUUUCUGGAAACCUUUCGAUAUAGAAUUCAUCAACAAACACAACAAAAGAUGCAAAGAGAAGGUUGAGAGCCCAAGCAAAUUAUCCAAAAAAGGGGAUGAAGGGAAUGAAAACGAAGAAGGUAAGAGCAGUGCCAGCAAUUUCGGACUCUUUGGUGAGCUUGAAGCCAUCUACGCCCAUGGCAGCAGCGGUGGUGGUGGCAACACCCAAGCAGGCUCCGGGUCAGCUCUUACCGGCGACAACCACCCUACAUCUGCCGCAGCACAGGGACCCACAGGCGGGCCACGGAGCAGCAGCAUUGAUCAUGGGUCGGAGACGUCAGCCGGAGAAGAAGCCUCUUUGAAGAAGCUUCAAAAGAUCCGAAGAAGGAAGAAGAGAAAGCAGAUGAGUUCAAUUGCUGCCUUCUUUGAGACCCUUGUCAAACAGUUGAUAGAUCAUCAGGAGAGCCUGCACCAGAAGUUUCUGGAGGUGAUGGAAAGGAGAGAUCAGGAGCGUAUGGAUAGGGAGGAGAAUUGGCGGCAGCAAGAGGCGGAAAAAUCGAGCCGUGAGGCCAUGGCAAGAGCUCAAGAACAAGCUAUUGCCGCUAGUAGAGAGGCUGCCAUAGUUUCCUUCUUGGAGAAAAUCACAGGCGAAAGCAUCAAUCUUCCAACAACAGCAAAGACUCAGUUCUCAAUUCGGUCCCAAUUCCAUGAAGAAUCUCAGAAAGAAGAAAACCACGUCGAACAAUCCAAUGUCGUCAACACCACCAUCACCACCAAUGAGAACACAAACAACAACAACAACAACAACAACAACAAUAUCAACAGCUUGAAUACAAGGAGAUGGCCUAAAGCAGAAGUCCAGGCCUUGAUUCGAGUUCGAAGUGGGUUGGAAUCAAGGUUCCAAGAACCAGGCCUAAAAGGACCUCUCUGGGAAGAAGUAAGCUCUUCAAUGGCGGCAUUGGGAUACCAAAGGAGUUCCAAGAGGUGCAAAGAGAAGUGGGAAAACAUUAAUAAAUACUUCAGGAAGACCAAAGACAGUGCAAAGAAGCGUUCCCAACACUCCAAGACCUGCCCUUACUUCCAUCAACUGGAUCAACUCUACUCCAAAUCACUCAAGCCGUCGGUUGUCUCUGCCACUGCUGAGAGAAAAGAUAAUUCAGAGUUACUAGAUUCCAUUGUUGUCCCGACGGAUCCCGGCAGCGGGCAAAACCCAAAUAUUGAAUUUGUUCAAGAGCAGCUCGGAAUGCACUCUAGCUUCAAAUUCCAUGAAAUGGGGUCUGUGAGAUUGGAUUUCUGCGAUGGUAAUGCUAAGGCCAGGAAUGAGCUGUUUGGAUUUGAGCAGGAAGAAGAGAAUGAAGAUGAGGAGGAUGAGGAAGGUGAGGAUGAUGAAGAUGAGGAGGAAGGAGAAGGAGAAGGAGAAAAUCAAGAACAUGUGAGAGAGGAGCAUCCACAAAAGUCUGUGUUCUUUUCGCCUUGAGUAGUAGAUUCAAUGCCAGUUCUCUUGUCUGCGACUUUUGAGUUUUGAGUAUCACCAUCAACCAUGAAAUUCUGCAUAUUUAUGAUAGAUAGAUGGAUAGAUAGAGUAUAUUCCAAUAAUGAAAUAAAUGAAUGAAUUGGCAGUA